AGUUCCAAAAAAAUUAAGUAUGGCACAUUUGACGUUUAACAAUAGGUCUGCAUCAAAUAAUAAUAAUACACGUCAUUUACGUAUAAGUAGGUAUCUUAUUGUUUGACUUUAUAGGUGCUUGUUUGUCGUUCGUUCUCUAAUAUUACAGAAAUGUCUUUUGCUCCUGAACUUAGAAGCCAUUCACAAAAAGUAUGUAAUUUUUACAAACGAGCCAUGAGAACUCUUGAAGCUUAUCAUGUUGCAAGAUAUGUUAUACGUUACCAUCAAGUUAUUUUACGUAACGAAUUGGACAAAAAUAAGGCGGUUUGCGACCCUAAAGAACAUCGUCGAUUAUUGAGAGUGGCAGAAAACGAAUUGUUUAUGAGUCAGCAUCCUAUCCCGGUGGCUAAAUUUGCUAGAUCGGUGGGUAUUGCCGGCGGUGUAGCCUACGAUCGUGUUCAAGUGAUACCUGAUUGGGUAAUGGAUUAUUGGCAUCCUCUAGAAAAGGCACAUUAUCCUGAAUAUUUCAAGAGACGCGAGUGUAGGAAAUGUGAAUACAUUAAGAAAUGGAAUGACGGUGAAAUACGUUAGUUUUUUUUUUGUAAAUAAAUUGUGUUAGUUUAAUAAAAAAUAUUGUGUUCAUUUUAA